AUGGCGGCGAGAGGCUGCCCCUGCGGCCUCUCUGCCAUCUGCCAUCUCGGGCGGUACCAAGACUGCAAGACGGCGGCGGGCUACGGGAGACUCCGUGCCCCGCCUUCACGACGCCUUCAAAUGCAUCAGGCACUUUUUCGAGUGACGAUGGACGGCCACGUUCGCGAUCUCGACGGAGCCGCGCCCUCGGUGUUGCCACGCACCCAAUCCCACUGCACCCCCGGCUCCUCUGCCGAUACCGACCGCCGCAAUCCCGUUCAAAUCCCCGCUGCACAUGUGUUGUGCGUCUCGUCCAAGACACCGCUGCUCAAGACGAAGCCCAUAUUCGUUGUCGAGGGCGUGCGGAACGCGUUGCUCGAGACCGUCGAGCUUUCUCAAGACGAACAUGCUCAACAGCGAGCUGAAGCGACGUGCCAAACCGUGGGCGCGGGCGCGGCAAUCAAGCUGAGCUUGCACGGGUUCGAAGUCAAGACGAUUAGCUGCUUUUGGGCAAACAGAGGACGAGAGGCUGAUGGGCUCGCGUGGGCAGCGCCAUCUCCUGCCACAGCAAACGUGAGAAUUACUGAGGUUACACCCGCCACUGCUCUCAUCAUACCCUAUGCCUUGAAGAACUACCACCUGACUAUAUGCACCAAUCCGUCCGCGCCUCCCACCAACGGCUUCCCAGCCGAUCACUCCUCAGCUUUCCGCAUUCGCGGGCCCAACACUGCGGCGGCGCAUUCAUUCGUUGUCACGCUCCCCAUCUCUGAAUCGUCCGCCUGGUCUCUCUGGCCUCCAGUUUCGCGACAUACCCAGCAUGCUAUGCUAGCAUCUUUUUGUGACGACCUCGGUGUCGGACAGGCGAUGCGCGUUGCUGAGACGCCCGCACAGGAAGGCUACCAUAUUCUGGCCGUCUGUGCUAAGCCUAUGGCUCUUGGGAUGGUGCCGUUCUCCACCCGCGUUUUAAGAGUCCACGGGUUUAUCAUGUCCAACAUUGCAGACCGCAACGAGAAUCUGUUGUUCUUGGCUCCAGUCUGCUUGAUCCGCCAUUACCAGUCUCCGCCUCCUGCACUCUCUAUCCACGACCACACUGCUCACUACGGUUCGGCAAUUCUUUCGUUCAUAACGAUGUUCGACGCUGAUGCUAUCGAACGAGAGGCACAGCUCCGCUCGGAAUUGGAAGAUGCGCAACAUUCGAACGAGAUCCUAGCCCACCGGCUGUCUAGUGCGGCUAAAGACAUAGCGCGUUUGGAGGCUAGUCUUGCAGCACGCGAGGAAGAUUUAGAAACCCUGAAUCUCCGUCAUGAGACUAUGAAGCUCGUACACUCUCAACGUGUGCGGGACUUUAAGGAGAAACAUCGCGAAUCUUUGCAAGCUUCUGAAGACCUUCGUAAUGGGAUCCGGAGCUGGUUUCACGAUUUAUCCUCAAGCAUCAAAGAAGUGUUUGAUUCCGUCGACGCCAAAGCAACAGAAUGCUUGAACGCCGAACGCGAACUCCGAGAAAUCGUAGAGAACUUCAUGACCCGGUCACAGGCAGAGGAUAAUGAUGUUUCUGCGGACCCCACAGGAACGCAGCGCGCCACUGACGAGCCUGAAGUGCACGUGCCGCCGUCGCCUCGGUCAUCUAUUGGACACCUCGUGUUUUCUUCGAACGACCUCGGGGCCGCUACAAGCGAAUGUGCGGCUGAGGAUUCUAUUUCCAUCUUGGGGUUCCCGACGACAUCGCCCAUGAUCGACACUCCACGACUGCUAUUGCAAUCUCAUGAUGUCAGUACUAGCGAUGGUCGAACGCCGACAGAGCCGUCUCCACUCCCAGACAACAUUCUCGGUAUUUCUAUACACCGCGCAUCUAGCAUCGUUCAACCGUUCUGGGCGGUUGAUCCUGAAACCGGCCUAUCCGGCGCCAGCGGGUCAUCCACUACGUCACCGCCUCCGCCCGCACGUCAGGUUGCGAAUCGAGACCUCAGCGCCAUUGAAGGCUUAUCACCUAGCGCGCCGUCGCAUUCACUGGUCGUUGAUGCCAGAUUGCAUCACUCUAGCGGACCAUCGCAAUCCAGCCUUAAGAUCCAUCCUGCUCAGCGUAACACCACCUCGCUUCACCCACCUUUACCUAGCCAAUGGCACAGCGUCGGUGGUAAUCUUGUGCAGGGCUACCUUAUUCCUCAUGGCCGUGACUUGUGGCAUUUCACUCACAACGCUCAUGCCAGCGGGCGCCGCCAGCCGCCCGCGAACUGGCGCCUGGCCGAUGCUUUCCUUCUCACCACUGCCCCUCGACCUUUGCGUCCGCAUCGCCCUCAUCAUUGUCCUCGCCCGCCUCCUCGGCCUCCUCGCAAGACCUUCGCGCCAACUUCCACCUCCGCAUUGCGCGCGUCGUCCGCCUCCACCUUGCCCAUCUCCGCGCGCGUCGUCCCACCAUCCUCCUCACCCCACGUCGUCCGCCUCUACACCACCCACCUCCAGAUACCCCUCCUUCACGUCGCCCUCCUUGUCACCCACCUGCGCUGCGUCGCCCACCUCGGCCUCGUCGCCCACCUCCUCCCCCUCGCCUCCGCCCACGCAUGGAUCUGGCAACGGAGACUCCUGGCGCAUCGCGGCACUAGCGGCGCGCGCCGCUCCGACUUCGACCCUUACUCACGGUCUUUCUCCCAGUCGUCGUCACUACCGAUGGCGGCCUUGACAGGCUCUCGCUCUCGAUGGCCAGCGGUCGACUUUCAGUACGCAUGGCAGAACACACGGCCCCUGGUCAAGGACGAGCGCGAGAAGUCGCUCGGCGCCGCGCUAGGAAAGGAUCUUGCGUGCGCCUGCACACAAGAUUUCUAUAUCUCCGUGGGACCGAUGGCGUUGGUGGAGGACGGAAAGGAGGAGUUGAAGGACUGUCCGAUACACAAGGACGGGAGACAUCCGACGCAAACUGCGACGAGCUCGCGAGGCGACAAAUUACCCUGCGAUGACCCACGAUGUUACGCGGCGCCCGGGCCUCAAGGACGUGGAGCUCGUGAUGGGGGCGGCAUUCGCUCAGGCACGGACACGUUCUGCGCGAUCGCUCCUCGGGACGCAGGCCGUCUGCUCAGUGGGGCGUACGCGUAUAGGCUCGUGGUCGCCGGACAGGAGGGCGUCGAGGCAGUGAUGAAGACCAUCCUCGUCGAGUUCAAGCCCUCCCUCGCUGCACGCACAGAGCCAUUCUUACGCUACCCAUUCAACACUCGAUCCUUCUUCACGAGCGGAGGGCCCAAGGGCAUCCGCGACCGACUACACCACUUACGCGGAUAUGUCCAGUCGAUGCGCCGCUGCUGA